GCAGAGCCCCGCCCCCGCGGCCGAGCGCCCCGCCCGCGCCCGCGGCUCCGGCCGCAGUUCCCGCACAGCUACGUUCCCGGCGGCAGGACCAGGCGCGGCUCCGGGACAGGUGACCGAGCGGGACCGUCGGAUAAGCACAGGCGGGCGGGGGCUGGGAGCUCUGCGGCCCGUGGACACGCGAGGCAGGAGACGCAGGGGUCGUUUCGACUCCUACUGGGGUCUCCCUCCGCGGCCUUGCGCUCUUCCGGUUUCAAGGAUGGGGCGGGGCCUGUGGUACACCGCCAUCCUCUCUCGAGCAUGACAUCACGGUGACGUCAGGCGCCUCUUCCGCGCCCCUUUCCGGGGUCCGCACUAAGGGGCGGAGUCUGGGUUGCGCCGCCAGCCAACCGCGCUCGCGCAUGCAAAUACCCGCAGGCCCCGCCUCCAGGCGCGGCCCGCGCGGCUCCGGGUCCAGGCCCGCAGGCCGGGACGCUACUUGCAAUUCGCGCCCUGCCGCCAGGGGGCGCCAGAGCGCUGCAGCCCCAUGCAUGCCUGCCCUGGAGCGUCCGCAGCCCCGCGCCCAAAGGCCGCAGAGCCAGCCCGGGCUGGACCAGCUCUGCACGAGGCCCAGGAAGAUCGUGUUUGCGGAUGAGCUGCGCCCCCAGGCCCCACUGCACUCAGAGAAGCCUCCCAGGGAUCUGGGACCCCGCCCCAAGCCAGUGCCUGACUACGAGCUUAAGUACCCACCAGUGACCAGCAGAAGGGACCGGAGCCGCUAUGCCGCAGUGUUCCAGGACCAGCACGGAGAGUUUUUGGAGCUCCAGCGGGAGGUGGGGGCCACGCAGGCUAAGCUCCAGCAACUGGAAACCCUGCUGCUGACACUGCCCCCGCCGCGGAGCCAGGAGGUUCGCGUGGCAGCUCAUGUCAGGAGAGAGUUUGAGAAGAAGCGGGCGGUGAGUGGAGACUCCUGGGGUCACAGGAUCCCAGAUUCCUGGAUAAGCAGGCUCGCUGUAACUACCUGAAGGGUAAACUGAGGCACCUCAAGGCCCAGAUCCGCAAAUUUGAUGACCAACAGGACAGCGACAGUGAAGACUCCGUGUAUUUCUGAGUGUCCUGGAGAUGGGGAACCACACCAGUUCUUCCAGGAGAAGCAAGUCCUGUUGAGAAUUCCAGAGAAUAAACACGGAUUAGGCACCUAC